UCCAAAAUAUAUGUUAAGCCAACAUUGCUCUUACCCUGGCGAAGUAACGGAUGUAGUGUAUUGGGAUUUAUUUUAAAGACUUGAUCAACUACAAUUCUCAAUAAUAUCUAACAAGAUGAUUUCGGAGUUGGUAGUAGUAAUAUUGUUCAUAGCUGGAAUUCAAGCUCAAGAUGACACAGAAUGGAAAUACAAGGUAGAAUAUGAUACACCAUUUAAUAUCACCUGUACAUAUGGGAAAAUGGGCAUGAUGUCAUCAGCUACAAAAACAAUGCGCUGGAUUCUACCCAAUGGUGACAUGGUAGCAGGAAUGAGUUCUCAGCAUGAACGAGUGGAGCUUCACAUGGAUGGAACGCUCCUCCGACUCAAACACGUAGAUGAUCAAGACUUUGGCAACUAUUUCUGCCUGAUAUACGAUCAAAAAAUAGGAGAAUACUCGGUCGUCAAAAAAGGCAUCAACGUGGAUGGACCAUAUUGGGGUGAUUUGACGGGAAAAUAUCGCGAUGGUAUCAUCAUUGGUUCUAUUGCAGCAGCAAUAGUCUUCGUACUAAUGAUUGGAAUCUGUUAUUUAUUUGAACGAAAUCCAGUUCUGAUUGGUAGAGACAGUGAGAUGUUAGGCGUAUAUGUACCCAAAACCGAGGUGGAUAAGAAUAAAUAUGAGGUCCAGGAAUAUGAGAAUGCUGCAAUAAAAAUGCAAGACGAAAUUAAAAAGUCCGAAAUAUCAAAUGGAACUUAUGUUGAAGAUGUUUCAGAUAAUGAUGGAAACACGCACCUUUAAACCUUUCCAUUUUUUUCUAUUCAUUGUACGCAGUGAUAUCAAUGACUUUACCAAUUUACUUUAAGACCGGCGCACACACGAGCCAACAGCUUAGGCAGAAUUCAAUUGUGCACUUCUCCUUAAGGCGAUAGCUUCCGUGUGCGGGUAAAUUUAUGUACGAUUUUGGUCAUUCGUGUCGAAAAGUUAAAAAUCAAACGUGUUUGAUAAUUUUUUUCCAUGAAUGAACGAAUGCUUGUGGGUGCGCGUUUCUGGAACCUCAUUAUCAUUCACGUCAGAUUCUUCUUCUGUGGAUAGAAUUUAAUACUAUUUUGGUUCUUCC